CAGCUGAGCCGCUUUUGCUGGUUCACUCCUUUCCAGAGCUUCACUUCACCGGCGAACGAAGAAGGGCUCUCCGUGUGGGCCACCGGUUUGUCCAUUCGCUUCGUCUCUGUGUAUAUUGGGGCUGUCAGGAGGUUGUAGCGCAUUCUUCGGAAUAUGGAGAGAAAGCAAGGUUUUUUUUCCGCUCUGAAAGAGGAGCUUGUUCGCGGGCUGUCUCCGGCGAGUUCUCGGGGAAGAAACCCGUCGCCGUCGGGUUCCGGUCUCCUCCGUCGCAGACGGCCGAGUCAUGCUCACCCGCCGGAUGCCUACAUUUCGAGAUCGGGGAGUUUGAGGCCCGGCGGCGUCGAGACGCUGUCGCCGUUGAUGGAGGGGCCGGAUCCGAACGGGGCCGAGGGAAGUGACUCCCGUAGCGAGAAGUGGGGUAACUGGAUGAAGGGCCAGCUGAGCAGGGCUCCAUCCGUUUCCGUUUCCGGGUCGGGUUUUCAGCAGCGGGCGGAUCUGAGACUUCUGCUCGGCGUCUUGGGCGCCCCACUCGCCCCGGUGCACGUUAGCAGCUACGAUCCUCUUCCUCAUCUCUGUAUUAAAGAUACUCCCAUUGAAACUUCAUCAGCUCAAUACAUAUUGCAGCAGUACACGGCCGCAUCCGGAGGCCAGAGGCUACAAAAUGUCAUACGCAAUGCCUAUGCAAUGGGGAAGGUGAAGAUGAUGGCAUCUGACAUUGAGACAGCCACCAAGGUGAUAAAGAGCAAAAGCUCUUCUAAAACGGCCGAGAGCGGCGGGUUUGUGCUCUGGCAAAUGAACCCUGAUAUGUGGUACGUCGAACUCGCGCUGGGGACCAGCAAAGUUCACGCCGGUUGUAAUGGGAGCCUUGUUUGGCGGCACACUCCCUGGCUUGGUGCUCAUGCGGCUAAGGGCCCCGUCAGACCUUUACGCCGCGCUCUUCAGGGACUUGACCCAAGAACAACAGCCAACAUGUUUGCGAAUGCGAAAUGCACGGGAGAGAAGAAGAUCCACGGCGAGGAUUGCUUUGUACUCAAACUCUGUGCGGAUCCACACACGUUGAAGGGGAGGAGCGAGGGGCCCGCAGAGAUAAUCCGGCACGUCCUGUUUGGUUACUUCAGCCAGAGGACCGGUCUUCUGGUCCACCUGGAGGACUCCCACCUGACCCGAAUCCAAACGAACGGUGGGGGGGACGCCGUGUACUGGGAGACCACAAUCAACUCGUUCCUCGACGACUACAGACCGGUCGAGGGGAUCAUGAUCGCCCACUCGGGCCGGUCGGUCGUGACGCUGUUCCGGUUCGGGGAGACCGCGAUGAGCCACACCAAGACCAGAAUGGAGGAAGUGUGGGCCAUUGAGGAGGUGGCGUUCAAUGUCCCCGGACUGUCGGAAGAGUGCUUCAUUCCGCCAGCUGAGCUGAUUCUCAGCGGCGGCUCCUCCAUCGGCGAAGCCUGCGAGUAUUCUCAAGGCCAGAGAGUACAGCAAACCACCACCAUGUCUGCUUCUGCUGCUGCUGCUGCUGCUGCUGGGUACAGAGCAAAAGUUGCUGCACUGAAUGUUUAACCAUGAAUGAAUGAAUGAUCAAGGAAGAAGGCAAGCCAGGAAGCAGUAGUCGUCGUCAUCGUCAUAAGCUGAUUUAAGGAUUUUUGUACUUGAAAUUAAACUAGUCUUUUCUUACCUCAUCAUUAUCAAUCUGUAAAUAUGUUUAAUCUCUUUAGUUCUUCGCCAGCCUUUCUGUACUGUGAUCUUUGGCCUGGCUGUUGAGGUCAAAGCCUAACUAUCAUUAUCGAGUAAGCCCUUAGUGCUGUGUUUCUUCUUGCAAUGGUUUUUAUUAAAAAAACUCAGUAGAUUGCCCAACUCUCUUCCUGUAACUGUACAUUCACUGGGAAAAAUCUAGGCCAGAGAAAGAUUUGAUAAUGCCAGUUCUGCAUUUCCUCGCAGGGAUUCCGAUGAAUUUCUUAGGUCUUGGAGCGGGUAAACAAUGCAUAUUCAGUCAUCAAAGCAGUGUUUAUAAUUUGGAUUUACUUUAUUUUUUGCUUCUUUGAGAAUUCACUGUCAAAUGGAAUGAAUCCCUCUUUGGGUUUUAUCUGAACAUUGAAAUGUUGUAAUGGAAGGUGGUGGGUGUGGCAUUGGAGUGGGUCUUGGAUGGGGGUUCGGCACCGCCUUUGGAAGUCAGUACAGGAAUUCUAGGGUUUCCUUUGAACUCCAUGGAAGCAAAGCUGGAGCACAAAACACAAUCACCAGGAAAGCUGGUGCUGAUGAUGAUGACUCUAAUAAGUUGUAACUUUUCUUGGUCAAUUUUUGUAGUUUUAUUUUACCAAAACACUCAAUUUGUUGGAAAAGAAACACAGUUUGCUGUC